AUGGCACGCACUGCCCGGCGAACGAAGACAGCAGCAGCUUCUCACCGUCACACGGCAGACCACUACUGGCAGCAAGCCCUCGCCAGCCUCGACGCCGACUCCAAAGCCGCCCUCUCGUCCGUGUCCACCCGCAAGCUCGACAUCAUGGGCGCCGUCCUCAGCGCCGCCGAGGACAAGCGGCGGCUCUGCGUCCGCAAGCAAUGGAAGUUCAGGCUGCCGAGCGGCAGGUCCGUCGUGCUCCGCGACGUGCUGGAAAAGGUUGUCGGGUGGAUCGACCGGUUCAAGGCAGUGGGCGAUAUCGCCGCGCAGUAUAGCCCGGAGCACGUUGCCUUGCCCUGGGCGGCAUUUCGAUUCCUGCUUACGGUCGUCUGUGGUGACGCCCAGGUGUUUGGGUCCAUGGUCCUGGCUCUGGAGGUGGUGGCCCGUCUUGCGACGCGCUGCAGGGUCCUUGAGGAACUGUAUUUGCGCCGGCCGUGUGAUGCCUCGGGGGUCAUCGAAGAGGCACUGGUACGGCUAUAUGCGGGCUCGUUGGUACUGUUAGCACAGAUCAUCAGGUUCUUUAAGAAAUCUACUGGCGGUAAGAUGUUCAUUCAGUUGCCUCUAGAAUCCUUGGCCGUCAGCAGUGAGGACAUCCAGGCACUUGAAGCCAGAGAGGCAGAAGUCCUUAAGCUGGCAUCCCUGGCGGAUACAAAGGUCCUACAAGCCCUCGACGCAAAAGUCGAGCAGCUAACCGCUGGAACAACAACCGUUCUGCAAGACCUGAACGCGCGAUCUGCGCGACUGAUGGAUCUGACGGCAGCGAGGCACAAGUCCCUGGAGACCCAAAGGCUCGCGGACCUACUUCAGUGGCUAUCAUCCACCCCAGUCGCUCUGCACCACCGAGCAAUCUCUGCCCAGCGGCUUCCCGGUUCAGGACAGUGGCUACUGAAACACCCGGCAUUCCAGCAGUGGGAGGCCUCUAGUUCCUCAUCGCUCCUCGUCCUGCAUGGCGUGCCCGGGUGCGGCAAAUCCACAAUCUUCUCCGCCUGCGUCGACCAUUUCCGCCCGCCCACACCACCAUCGCAGCAGAUCCCUGUACCCACAGCACCAUGCGCUUACUUCUACUGCGCAGAGUCUCCCGCCCAGCCAGACCGGGCCUCGCCCGAAAAUGUAAUGCGCAGCAUCGUCCGGCAACUCGCCGUCAGCCCCAAGGACGGAGCAAUCGACCAGGGCGUUCUCUCCGUCUACGAGCGGGAGCUUCAAGAAGCCAAAGCUAUAAAAACAGACGUCCGCGCGCUUUCGUUUGAGGAAUGCAUCGCGUUGAUCCUGGACCUCACCAUGGUGAAUCCGGCAUACAUAGCGGUCGAUGCGGUCGAUGAGCUUCAGGCACAGGAUCGCGCAACCCUGCUGGAGGGCUUGCGCCGCGUGAUAUCCGAUUCCGCAAGUGUGGUCAAGAUAUUCAUUACCAGCCGCGAUAGUGUUCAUCUGGACAACCUCUUGCCUCAAGAUGCCGCUAAGAUCAGAGUGACCCCUGACCUUAACGGCGGGGAUGUUGCCGCCUACGUUGACCAUCAGCUACAAACAGCGCUGCAGAAAUGUUGUAUCCUCAAUGGGACCGUAUCGAGUGCGUUGGUAAACCAGAUGUCAAGGGCACUUAUCAAGGGCUCUGGAGAAAUGGGAGGUUUGCUCUGCAUAAUGCUCAUCAUUCUUCCGUGUCGUGUUAGGUUUCUAUGGGUGAAACUCCAAGUCGACUUCCUCUGCCGCAAGAAGACAGAAGACGAUAUCCUCGGUCCCUUGGCAAGCCUCUCGGCCAAUCUCGACCAGAUCUAUGGCCGGACGCUGGCGGCGAUUCUCACACUCGACGUCACAGCCAAACGAGUCGCGGAGCAAGUCCUCUCUUGGCUCCUCUUCGCUCGAAGACCACUCAGCGUGGAGGUGCUGCACGGCAUCCUCCAGCUAGAUCGAUAUGUGCAGCUUUCGGGGCGGGUUGAUAUUAUUGACAUAUGCCACAACCUUGUUCUUGUUGAUCCUGGCCUCGAUACCCUUGACUUUUGCCACCCAUCCGCGCGAGAGUUUAUGCAGCAGCAGGAUCUGUUUUCUGCGGCCCGCGCAAAUCGGCUUAUCGCCACUAUAUGUCUCCAGCAGUGCAUUGCGGGCCCAGCAUCAGACCCAGAUGCAUCCCAGCUAUCCAGCAGUACGCUGCCCGUGCAGGAACUGUACCACUACACUGCAGUAUACUGGCCGGAGCAUGUGCGAGACUCUGAAAACGAAGACGAGAAAGAUACUCUCAUGCAGGACACGGUCCUUUUUGUGCUCGGCGCAAACGACGACGAAAGUACGGUCAGUCCAGCAUUUCUUGUCUGGAUGGAGUGGAUCCGCUCUGCUAUCAAGGACUUGCCCCGUUACCACCAGAUAUCCAGCAAGUUCGAGCCGCUCCUGAGUACAGGAAUGUCGCCGCUUUUCCUCGCGUGCGUGUUUGGGCUCUCAGACUUGCUGGACCGGGUCUUUGCGCUGAAUUGGAGUCUCGAUAUCGAGGCGCGGAGUGAUACAGGCCAUACGGGUCUCUAUCUUGCUUGUUCGUACGGCCAUGACCAUGUUGUCUCAAAGCUUCUCUCCCAUAAUGCCGACAUGAAUACCAAAUGCGGCUCAUUCGGGACACCUUUCAACGUUGCUUGUUUCCGUGGCCACGCGGAAGUCGUUCAAACACUUCUAGCCCACAAGACAGCGCCGCGCACGACAGCUGCGUUCUCCGACGCAUUCAGAGCCGCGUGCCGAGGCGCGCGAGAAAAAGUGGCCCUCCUCCUCGCAAAAGCCUUUCUUCCAAUCUGGACGGAGAGCGAAUACCGCACUGCGCUCCAGGAGGCCGUCGAAGCCGGGUUCCGCGAUCUAGUCGAAUGGCUCAUGUCCCCGGCGACAGCCGGCCCGUUUUCCAGCGUGAUCGGUCCCUCUUCUACCCCGGACCAAAAGGGCUCAACUGCAGAGCGACUGCUACAUACAGCGAUCAAACGCGGUCAGGUCUCCGUUUUUCGCUCACUGCUGCGCAUGAAGCCGCACUGGCAGGAUCUCCUUCUAGGGGACGCGAUGGCUCUCAGCAGUCUCUCAGAUCACCCGGAUAUGCUAUUAGCACUGCAUGAUCUUGGCGUAAACGUUGAUGGAGAGGGCGUAUUCGGUUCAACGCUUCGCAGCGCUAGUCUCAUGGGGAAUGAGCGCGCUGUCCGUCUUCUACUAAGUUGGGGAGCGGACCCUGCAGCGUCCGGAAGCAAAGGCGACGCGUUGCAAGCGGCAGCUCAGAAUGGGCAUUUGCAGAUUGUCAGGCUCCUGCUUGACGAAGGUGCGGAUGUAAACCAGACAGGCCCACCGCGCGGAACGCCGGUACAGGCUGCUGCAUUCUAUGGGCAUUCGGAUGUUGUGGACCUCCUGCUUGAGCGGGGCGCGGACAUGUAUAAAGGCGGAAAGUCGCAGGAUGCACUGUAUGCAGCCAUUGAAGGCGGCCAUGAGGAGGUCGCAGCGUUACUGUUGAAGAAGGGCUACAGGGUUGCAGCUGGUGCCGAUCUCCCAGGCAUUAUGCGAGGGAGCUUGGAUCGUGUACAGCGUCCCUGGGAGAAGAAGCGCACGGCUGUGGGAGAGCAACGGGGCAUUGGGACGGACGACAGUGACGACGGUCUGGGUGGCCCACUACUCACAGGCCCCGAUGCGGUUGAUUCUUACGAGGAAGACUGCGAUGUGAGCCCCUCCGAUCUGAAGGACUUCCGCGAGUACGACCAUCCGGACCCGCCCCUCUUCAAGAGUGAGGCCAGAAUAGGUACUCUCGAGCUAAGUGUGGUUGCAGAAGACGCUGAUAUGAUUCGGCAGCUGAUUCUACGACCUGACACGACUCAGUACGAUGUAAUACAAGCCGUCAGAGCCGCGGUGACAGCGGGCCAGCUCAACUCCUUACGCGCCCUGCUGGACGAGCAAGCAGCUUUCUUCCAGGAGGACUUUCUGGACUUGAACAAGCAGCUUAUUCUGGCCUGUGAGCACGGUCACGCCCAUAUUGCGCAAUAUCUCUCCUUGCUGGUGCAGCCAGAGGUGGGCGGGGCAUCCUUAGAUGAGAAGACCUGGGGAACUGCUGUUCAAGCUGCUGUGUCUUCUGGAGACCCUGAUACGGUCCUUGUUCUACUCCGAUGCCAAGCUAAGCCAGAAGCAAGCCAUCUAAAAGCCGUGCUUUCUGCAAUCCAAUACGCUGUGGCGAAGCGGAACCCGUCUUGCUCUAAGGUUUUAUGGAGUUGGCUGUUACAGGAGCGAGCAAGCCAAGGCUCACACAGGACCUUGGUCGACGCCUGUCUCGAUCAGCAAAGCGGAGGAAGCCCCGAGUCGAUACUGAAAGACCUGCUCGAUGCCGCGCUCUGGUCUAGAAAUGAGGAAAUGGUGCGAACUGCAGCUGCAAAAAUGGAAGAACACGGCUGCGAUACGAGCGCCAUCCUGCCAGCCUUGGCCUCAGCCUGCAGGCGUGGGUUCCGCGCGAUCAAACCACUGCUUACUUCGGAGCGCUUCACUCAGUGCCACCUCUGUACCGCGUCGUAUACAGCAGCAAUCUUCGGCCGGCGCUGGGUCCUGAGUGAAAUUCUGGAAGAGCUGGCUAGACGAGGGUUUCCCUUUUCUCGCACUCCUGUAGUUGACUGCGCCUUCAUCGGCGCCGCUGCCCAUGGCCAUGUGGCGAUUAUAAGGACGUUACUAGAGACAAGUCAUCUGCGAGAGAAAUUUGCGAAAUUCUCGUGGGCUAUCACUCGUGCGAUGGUCAUCGCCGCGCAUCGCGGCCAUGAAGACAUUGUCCAAGAGUGUCUGCGGGAGGGGGCCGAUGUCGACGUACCUCAGGAGAAAGAUACCGUCGUGUCACCACACUGGCGCGAGGACGGUGCCCUCGCCAUUGAAGUUGCCUUUGACAAGUUAGGACCUAUCAAGCUUGUCAAUCCGAAUGCCGAGAUAACACACAACAAAAUUGGAACAAUGGACUUGAAGAUCGAGGAGACAGCUCCGUCGCCAGACAGGCGAUUAUAUCGUAGCAGGUCCAUUUACACUGAGGAAUGGACUGCACUACAAGCCGCACUGGCCGGCUUUGCAAAACACACCUGGACUUUGUCAGCGAUAAGGGACGACGGCGAAAUCACUGAUGGAAGCCAGGGGGCGAUGCAGCAACAGGAGAGGAUCGUCUUUCUGAUGCUUGAGCAGGGCUGCGAUCCCAAUGCUGAAAACGAUUCAGGUGAAACACCCAUCGAGACGGCCGUCAGGCUGGCGACUGCCCGAGUUGUCCAAAGGCUCAUCGAGAGUGGCGUGGAGGUUCCCGGUGACGACAGCCUGGUCUCCCUGGCAGCGAAAAGGGGUUCUUUCCGCAUUGUACUACACUUGCUGCAAGCAGGGGCUAGCGUCCCACGGACAGAGAAUGGAUCGCUGACACCGAAGAUGCUUAAAGUUCUGCACCCCAGACUCAAGUCGGCGGAUUUCAACGACAAUCCAAUGUCAAUGGAGGAGGCUCGCAGGCCGGUAUUCUAG